AUGUCGGUGGCCCUUCGCCGAAACUGGGGUGGACUACUUCGGGCCACCUUGGGUGAGACGAAAACGUCGACAGAGAAACGAUGCGAAUGUCUGAUGGCCUGCCUGCAGUCGCGAGCUUUGCAUAUAGAGACCGUACACAGUAUGUCGACCGACUCCGUUCUUAUGGCCUGGCAGAGAUUCGUGGGUAGACGAAGUAAUCCAUCGAAUGUGUUCUCCGACAACGGGUCCAAUUUCGUCGGUGCACAGAAGGAGUUGAGCGACUGGUUGAUGCGGUUAGAUAAACGCGCCCUGCAAGACCGACUGUCGCCAUCUGAAUCGAUCGGUACGAAAAAUAUUGACAGAAUUAUGUGA